GGCUACCAGGAAACACGUCAAGCUUUCCUCUUCUGACCAGCUUUAUGGAGACGCUAAAUUUAUUUUCCUGCAGGACCUGCUCACACUGCCAAAAGUACUAACACCUGCUUUGAUGAUUGGUGGCCAAUCACUGUGCUUGAAUGGCCACCAACACACAACAAUGCUACAAUGUCACAUUGCAGUAAUUCCACUGAAAAGAGCUCUGGCCAAGUACCUAUACUGAACAAUACAUGGACAUCUGUUUGUUUGUUUGUUUUUUUUGGGGUUUUUUUUUUUUUGUAAGGAGAUUUUGGAUUAAAAUACUUCUUUUAUUGGACUAAUGUAAUAUUGUAAUUCCCUUUGUUUUUGAGGUUUUUAUUUUUGUUUUAGAUUGACAAUAACUUGAAACACACAAAUCUGCUUGAAACAAGUCCAGAUAUGAGUUUCACGAUUUCUAAACUUGACUUACUGAAAUGAAUUCACUUUUUGAUUACAUUCCAAUUUUACUGAGAUGCACCUGUACAGAUGAACGAGUCCCUCCGUGUGAAUUGUUGAAGGAUUCGCACGCAGAUCGUUGCAGGCUUCAGCGUCCUAACAAGGAUUCAGUUUCAUCUUGGCUCCAGUCUGAACGCUCCGCCUGCUCUCGCCGAGGAUAUUGACUUUCCCGCAAGUUAAAGUAUUUAAAUGUAGAGUGAGACAGAUGCUGUAUGUGGACUGGAGGCGACCGCAAAAAAAAAAAAAAGAACAGAAGAAUAGAAGGAACACGCGUGUGGGUGGAAGACUGGGGACGCAGGGACUUUACAAUCCGCACGUAUAGAUUGACAGCCGAGGCAACUUUGUUUGCCACUUUUUAAGGAGAUGCGCGCAUCAUCUUUCCUCACAAAUGACCGCACUCUUCAGGGGGGAAAAAAGCAUCUCCUCCGUGACGCGCAGAAAUCCGUUCGUAAAACUGACGAUCGUCACUCUUCGAGAGCGAUAAAGAGGGAUUAAUUUCUACUUUCAAAAACGUCAUUGUUUCACCAACUGAAUGAGUCAACGAGGAUUUGAUGGAGGAGCUGGGGUGACAGCGACGCUCUUCACAAGACUUAACUUUUUGGAUUAGCGUGGCAGUGCCUUUUAAAUCGUCCAGACGUUCCCCUCCUGACUGCGGAGAGGACCUGCGUCGGAACCCCUGACAGUUCUGGAUCUCUUAAUUGUCAUGGGUUUGGCUUUCGGUGCGCAACAAGGAGGUUAAUUCAAACUAAACCGAAGGCAUCCAUCUAUACAGGAAUGGUAUUUCUGAGGGCAUCCAAAGCCGAAUCAGCGAAGUAUUCAUGAAGCAAUAUUUGAACUAUUACAGGAUGAGGCUGAGAACAUCGAGGUUAGGUUAUCUGUUUCUCCAGUUCGCGGCGCUUUGCUUUUACGCACAGGACACCGUGCAGUCGCCUCCUAAUUUCAAGCAGCACGUCACCGAACAGAGCCGGCUGUCGGACCGCAUGAGCCGCAGACUGACCCGAACCUACCAGCUGUACAGCCGAACCAGUGGGAAGCACGUCCAGGUCCUGGCCAACAAGCGGGUCAAUGCUAACGGCGACGACGGCGCGGUGCACGCUAAGCUGGAAGUGGAGACAGAUUCCUUUGGGAGUCGCGUUCGGAUCAAAGGGGUGAAGACGGGAUACUACAUAUGCAUGAACAAGAGAGGGAAGCUGAUUGGCAAGCGAAAAGGACGAGGCAAGGACUGCAUCUUCACCGAGAUCGUCCUGGAAAACAACUACACAGCCCUGCAGAACGCCAAGUACGAGGGCUGGUACAUGGCCUUCACACGCAAGGGCCGCCCGAGGAAGGCCUCGAAGACCAAGCAGCACCAGAGGGAAGCCCACUUCAUGAAGCGUCUUCCGAGGGGCCACUUGCUGAGCGACAGGAGGCCGUUCGACGUCCUCCCUCUGCCCGUCCCCGUGCAGCCUCUCAGCAGGCGGACUAAACAUUCCCAUCACCAGCGCUCUGGGGGACGCUGAGGACCGAAACCCCUGAAGAGGAACAACACAGAAGAACCACUUCAAGAGAAAGCAUAGUGUGAACUCAAGUGCCCACAUACUUCUUCUUCUUCUUUUUAAUUUUUUUUUUUAUUUGCCUCAUUUCUGGACUUCUUACGUACUUCUUGGUUACUGGGUUUUAUGUAAACUAUCUAAUCUGCUAGUUAUUUACAGACUGUAGCAAGAUUCCCCCCCUAUCUUUGGUUAUUAAAUCAGGGCAUUUUACGUUCUGGAGAGCUCAAAAAAAAAAAAAAAAAAAAAGACAAAGAAA